ACACGCACAGCAAUAUCCACUUCAUCCCCUAUUCCUCAGAACACUAAACACCGAUUGUCGGUUUUGGAGCACGAAUCGCUACGAUGACACACACUGGCCGAGCCACUGCCACCGUCAACGGUGUCACCGUUGCCGAGACUACCGACUGGGAGGAGGUAGAGGGCAACGUGUAUUUCCCGCCCGGAUCGCUAACGCGCGAGCUCUUUGAGGGUCCGACGGGACAUUCCACGCACUGCCCGUGGAAGGGGGAUGCACAAUAUUACAAUGUCAAGAUUGGUGACACAAAGCUGGAGAACGCGGCUUGGUAUUAUCCUGAUACGAAGGACAAGGCGAAGUAUUUUGAAGGCUAUGUUGCUUUUUACAAGAGCAAAGUUGACAUCAAGACGGAAUAACCAUGCCGCAGACUGCAGGAGCAUACAUGGGAAGGAGCCCCGGAGAGUAUCCUGACGGAUGAGCUGCGAAUGAGAAGCUGUUAAAGAGGGACACAGGCCAGCAUGACCGGGGUGGCCAGUCACACUUGGGUCGAAUGUGCAGCGUUCGGCCAUGUUCUUCAAUAUUCUUCCGCGCUGUCUAUCGUAUAUUAAACCUCGACGAGCUGCUCUUC